AAAAAGAUUUCUUUUACAUUGGCACUACUGUCCUGCUAAAAUAGCUGUGGUGGAGAAGAAAUAGCGUCAGCAGAGGCCCACUCUGUCUUCUACGCUUUUGAGAAAACAGGAAAAAUAAACAAAAUAAAAGAAAGAUAAUAAUCAGUAGACGCGGCGGGCAUCAACCUUGUUUAAUUGUACAUAUUCCAAAGAUGUUUAUCAUGACAUUGCAACAUAUCCAUUUGGAUAAGGAUAUUUACUGCCAUGCAGGCCCCUUUGAUUAAGCAUAUUGAAAGGCUGAGAUGGUUUCAUCCUUUUUCACUGCUAGACUUUUGAUAAAAUUUUAUUCUCAAAAAGGAGGCUAAAGAUUUCCCUAAUCCAUUAUAUUUCCUUAAAAAUGUUGCUUAGGAAUAAUCUUUUAUCAAUGGAGGUUGUUGAAUGACAUUUUUAUACAUGAACCUUAUUUGUAUCGUGUGCUCUAUCUACUGAACCUAUUAAAAGGACUGAAGUAGGUUAUCUUUUUUGUGUUUUAUGCAUCAUAUUCUUCUUUCUUUGAAGGAAUGAAAAUAUUUCUUUAAAGAAAGAUUUGAUUUCUUUAGCUUUCUCAUGCUUUUCUUGACAUGAUAUACAAAUACAAGCAAUGAGUUGCUAUCUGUGGACGAUAUGUGGAACCAGAUGCUGUAAUCUGCGUCUUGUCUAGAUGAGAUAACAUCGUAAAAAAUUAGAUUAGGUCUCACUUUUCCUGGAAUCGAAAUUAUACGUGCACAGAAAUUGAAACCUUUACUAACAGGUUGCCAUAAUCUUGAAUCAUGUUUAUUAUUGAACUGCUGGUUGCAAUGGCAUAAAAUUUAGCUGAUAUUAUUAUUUUCUUAGGUGUGACUCAAUCUGAUUAAACAACAGUUUAUCAUUAGGAAGAUUUCAUAAAGUCUGAAAUUUUCAUAUAAAAGAAAUCGCAUUGUCUUCUGAUAUAAAGCAGAAUAUCCAAUGAAAUCUGUGGUAUGAUAUUAACAUGCAUGAUGCUUACAGGAAAUCGUGGGUUAACCAGGUAUUAUGGUUUUCCUAAUGAUAAAUAAGGAAAGGAAAUAAAAUCCAUGCUUUUCGAUGUUGUGUCACAAAUGUCUUAUAGCUUGAUGAAACGGGUGUUGAAACGUAUUUCAUCCAUUAUAUAUGUAUACACAAAUAUCAGUGUCAUCGUACACCGUACUCUAAACUAGUUCUAAUGCCAUGUAAAGCUAGUGAGGGACCACAUCAUAGAUGGAAUCUGUCCGAAUUAUUUUUAGCAAUCAACUUGAAAUGAUGACGAUAAAAAAAAAAGAACAUAUACACUAAGCAUAUGCAUAGCUCAUUUUGUUAUAUAUACCCUUUCCUUGUUCUACUUCCUGCACAUUAAUUCCUGUGUUUAACAUGGAUGGAAAGAAGUUGGAGUACAAAGGUGAGGCUGCACUGAAGGAGAUUGAGAAGCUUACAGAAGGCGCUGAUGAAGUUCAGGAAAGCAUAUUGAAAGAGAUCUUAAUCCAAAAUGGGCAAACUGAGUAUUUGAGCAAGUAUCUUAAGGGAUCAAACGAUGUAAAAGAAUUUAUGUAUCGUGUACCUGUCACAACUUACAAGGAUAUGUUUCCCUAUAUCCAAAGAAUUGCUAAUGGAGAAGACUCCUCCCUUAUUACUGGUCAUCCUAUAACAGAGAUGUUAUGCAGUUCAGGGACUUCUGCUGGAGAGCCUAAGUUAAUGCCGUCAAUAAAUGAAGAUCUAGACCGCCGCACUUUUAUAUAUAAUCUCAUCAUGCCAAUCAUGAACAAGUACAUCUCUGGUUUGGAUGAAGGUAAGGCCAUGCUCCUGAACUUUGUCAAGGCAGAAAUGUCCACCCCUUGCGGCAUACCAGCUCGAACUGUGCUAACUAGUUACUACAAGAGUAAGCACUUCAAGUGCCGAACACGUGACUCAUUCAAUGAUUUCACUAGCCCAGAUCAAGCCAUAUUAUGCAAAGAUAGUGAUCAGAGCAUGUAUUGCCAAUUGCUAUCCGGUCUAGUUCACCGUCAUCAAGUCCUAAGGAUAGGGGCUGUGUUUGCAUCAGCUUUGCUUCGAGCCAUUUCAUUCCUGGAACGCAACUGGGUUUGCCUGUGCAAUGAUAUACGCAGCGGUGGUCUAGACCCCAUGAUCACAGAUCCUGAAUGCCGCUCAUGUAUGUCAACGAUUCUAUCAUCACCUAAUCCUACGCUCGCAGAUGAAAUUCAAGAGAUUUGCAGCCGCCAGUCAUGGAAGGGUAUCUUGUGUCUCCUCUGGCCUAAGACUAAGUACAUUGAAGCAGUAGUAACAGGCUCUAUGGCACAAUAUAUACCAUCUCUUGAGUAUUACAGUGACAAGUUACCUUUGGUGUCUACCAUGUAUGCAUCGUCUGAGUGUUACUUUGGUGUCAAUCUGAAGCCCUUGAGUGAUCCUGCUAAUGUGGUAUUUACCCUUAUGCCUAACAUGUGUUAUUUUGAGUUUAUACCUCUGGGAGAGAAUGGAACACUGUUUAUGGAAUUCGAUGAGGAAGAUGAGGUGUCCAAUGAUAAGCUUGUUGAUUUGGUUCAUGUUCGACAUGGCUGUUAUUAUGAGUUGGUGGUCACUACCUUUGCUGGGCUUUAUCGUUAUCGUAUCGGUGAUGUGCUUCAAGUGACUGGAUUCCACAAUCGUGCCCCACAAUUUCGAUUCAUUUGCAGGAGAAAUGUGGUUCUCAGCGUCGACAACGACAAAACCAACGAGGAAGAUCUACACAAAAGCAUCUCAACAGCAAAAAAGUUACUCGAACCCUACAAUGCGAUACUCGUGGAAUACACUAGCUAUGCAGAAACAUCAUCUGUACCGGGGCAUUACGUAUUUUAUUGGGAAAUCCUACAAGAUGAAUCAGCCUUUAAGCACAAGCCGACCCCAGUUGAUGCAGAGGUGCUCCAAGAAUGUUGCAUUGCAGUGGAAGAAGAACUAGAUUAUACGUAUAGGCGAUGCCGGGCCCACGACAAGUCUGUAGGACCGCUGGAGAUUCGUGUUGUGGAGAGUGGCACUUUUGAGGCACUGAUGGAUUUGUUCAUCCGGCAAGGAGGAUCAAUCAAUCAGUAUAAAACGCCGAGGUGCAUUAAGUCGAACGCGGCGCUUAUGCUGCUGAAUUCUCAUGUGAAAGCGUCAAUUUUCAGUCCUAGAGAUCCUACUUGGAUCCCUUAACUCUAUCUAUAUUUGAAAUUAAGGGCAAAUUAGAAUCUUCUAAUUUGCUAGGACUGUCAUAGUCCAACUUUGUUGGAAGCUUAUGAUUAAUAAGAUUGGAAGUGUAUGGAACCAGAUCUAACACAAAUUAUGUAGUAAAAGUAAAGGUUAAUGGAUGAUAUAUAGCUGAGUUAUUCUAUUGUA